AUGGCAGCUGCUUUGUGUCUGCAGGUUCUGUGUAGCCUGUGUGGCUGGCUAUCGCUCUACCUCUCCUUCUGCCGCUUGAAUGAGCAUCGGAGCUAUGAAUGGAGCUGCAGACUGGUUACUUUUACACACGGAGUCCUUUCCAUAGGCCUCUCUGCUUAUAUUGGAUUUAUUGAUGGUCCCUGGCCUUUUACUCACCCAGGAUCACCCAACACUCCUCUUCAAGUACAUGUUCUGUGUCUCACCCUUGGCUACUUCAUCUUUGAUCUUGGCUGGUGUAUCUACUUCCAGACAGAGGGAGCUCUGAUGUUGGCUCACCACACACUGAGUAUCUUGGGCAUCAUCAUGGCCCUGGCUCUUGGGGAGUCAGGCACUGAGGUCAAUGCUGUUCUCUUUGGCAGUGAGAUCACUAACCCAUUGCUACAGAUGCGAUGGUUCCUACGGGAGACAGGGCACUACCACAGUUUCACAGGGGAUGUGGUAGACUUUCUCUUUGUGGCUCUGUUCACAGGAGUGAGGAUUGGGGUUGGUGCUUGGCUUCUUUUCUGUGAAAUGGCCUCACCUAAGCCCAAGUGGUUUGUGAAGGCAGGUGGAGUAGCCAUGUAUGCUGUGUCCUGGUGUUUCAUGUUCAGCAUUUGGCGCUUUGCCUGGAAGAAGAGCGUCAAGAAAUACCAUGCCUGGCGUAGCGGGCGAGGCGAGGACCGACAAUUGAAAAAGAACGGACAUCUCAAAGUGCAUUAAUCAGGGCUUGUAA